CUUUUUGGGAGAGGAAGAGAGAAAGCCGUGUUAGGUUAUGUUCCCUAGAACUGUACCGUGAUUUAGCGUUGUUUAAAUAUAAUGUUGAAACGUAUCGUCAGGUAGCUUUUGUAGCUUAACGUUUCAGCAAGUAAUUGUCAAGUGAUUAUACAAGAUGGACGACCAAGCGUGUCCACGAUGCAAGACCACCAAAUACCGGAAUCCAUCGCUGAAGAUGAUGGUCAAUGUCUGUGGCCAUGCAUUGUGUGAGAGCUGUGUGGAUCUACUGUUCCUCAAAGGUUCCGGAUCCUGUCCAGAAUGCAAGAUUCCUCUGAGAAGAACGAACUUCCGGGUCCAGAUGUUCGAGGACCCUAUGGUGGAGAAAGAAGUGAACAUAAGGAAGCGCAUCCUGCGGGACUACAACAAGAGGGAGGAGGACUUCGCCACGUUGAACGAGUACAACGACUACCUGGAGGAGAUCGAGACUAUAAUCUACAACUUAGCGAACAACAUUGACGUGGUCGAGAUGAACAAGAGGAUAGAGCAGUACAAGAAGGACAACAAGGAGCAGAUAAUGAAGAGCAAGUCGAAGCUCGGCCGGAGCGAAUACGAGCUGGAGGAGAUGCUGGAGCUGGAGAAGCAGAAGGAGGAAGAGAAGAGGAUCGAGCUCGCUCGGGAGGAGGCCGAGAUGAAGAAGAGAAAGAUACGCGAGAAGGAGGCUCUGAUAGACGAGCUGAUGUUCUCCGAGGGCAACGCGAAGAGCAUCGUCAAGUCGUUCGCGAGCGCGAUACAGUCGAAGAAGGAGGCCAAUAAGUCCAGCUCGACUGUGCGGGCCACCCAGUUCAGCACAGGCAUCAAGUUCGGCAAUCAGGCCAGUCAGAACUACAUGUCGGUGCCGAAGAUAGAGGAAGGCCCUCUUUACUUGUACACGCCGAUCCGGCAACAGAUCGAGGGCCCCUUGCCGCCCGGCUGGCGGGAGCUGCAGUCUCGCGGUUACGUCUCCAACAUUCGCAACGAGUCUCUACCCGAGAGAGCUGGUGGAUUCAAGGCGCAUGUCGCGUGUCUGCGAGCGCUGCAGGAGGCGAUGGCAGGCUUGUAUCACAACCCUUCGCAGCGCCAAGCAGAAUUCGAGGCCGUAUGACCGCAUGGC